CAGCCAGGGCUAUCCAUGUCCACCUCUGCUGCAGCCUCAGGAAAGGCCCAGGAGCAUCUGGUGGUGGUGAGACUGGAGGAGGCAGCCAUGGUCUCACUCAGCAGAUCCUGUGUUUGCAUUGCAGAUGGGGAGCGGCCGGGGGAGGUGACAGACCCCGGCAGGCGACCAGCAGUGGCCCAGGCAGUGGCACGGCAGAGGAAGGCCGAGGACUCCAGUGAGAGCCACGAGGAGGAGCAGAACGAUGGACAGGAUUUGGAUGGACGGUUUUCCAGAGGCUCACGAGCCACCAGACGCCCCAAACUCAACCUGACCAAGCAGGCUCUGCCCUGGGAUGAGAAGUACAAGGGGAAAGCGAACCUGCAUGUUUUUGAAGACUGGUGUGGAGGAGCUGUGAGGCACCUAAGGAAGAACCUCCAUUUUCCACUCUUUCCGCACACCCGCACCACGGUGAAGAAGCUGGCGGUGUCACCCAAGUGGAAGAACUACGGGCUAAGGAUUUUUGGCUACAUCCACCCUUUCAAGGAUGGAGAUUUCCAGUUUUCUGUGGCAUCAGAUGACAAUUCGGAGUUCUGGCUCAGUUCUGAUGAGAGCCCAUCCAACUCACGGCUGGCUGCCUUUGUGGGCAAGCUGGGUACCGAGUGGACAGCUCCAGGGGAGUUCACCAAAUUCAGCUCACAGGUCUCCAAGCCUCUACGCCUUAUGUCGUCCAGGCGCUACUACUUUGAGCUGCUCCACAAGCAAGAUGACCGAGGCUCGGACCACGUGGAAGUUGGUUGGCGAGUUUUCCUCCCUAGCUUGAAGUUCGAGGUGAUUGACUCCUCCUACAUUUCUCUGUACACAGAUGAAUCGACUUUGAAGAUGAACCAUGUGGAGCACAUCCCGCAGUCUCUGGCCAGCCACAGUGGGAGCUACCUCUGGGAGGCACAAUGGGAUGAGCACGGGGCUGACAUGCUCAAGUCUGACCCCAGGGAUACCUUCUUCCUCACCCCUGCAAUAGAGCCGUCCCGCGUGGAGAAUGUGUUGGUGCCCUGUGCCUACAGCCCCACCUACGUGGUGAAGGACUUCCCCAUCGCCCGCUACCAGGGCCUGCAAUUUGUCUACCUCUCGUUUGUGUACCCCAAUGACUUCACGCGCCUCACUCACAUGGAGACGGAGAACAAGUGCUUCUACAGGGAGUCCCCGCUCUACCUGGAGAAGUUUGGCUUUUAUAAGUACAUGAAGAUGGAUGAGGAGGAGGAGGACCCACGUCAGCGAGCAUUUCUCUUCCUCAACCCAGACAAUUUCCUUGAAGAUGAUGAGGAGGAUGAGGAUACAGUGGACAGCCCUGAGGCCACAGACCCACCUCCCAAAGCCAGGAAGAACCUUGAGCUGGUAUCUGAAGCCCAAAGGAAGGAGAUUCUGCCCGUCACCAGAGAUUAUGGGGACUACCUGGACUACUACAGCUUCCGCCGCAAGCAGAGUCGGGCACGGGAUGAGGUGGGCAUGGGAAGGUGGAGCAUGCCCCCUGCCACUCCCAGCCCCACAGCCACUCCUGUGGGUCCCCAUGGCAAUGGGGACACAGGACCUGGGCAGGAGAGAGUCCGUGGGAGGAUGCUUCGAUGGUUACCCCAGCAGCCCAGUGAGGAGGAUGAGCUGGGGCUACUGGUGUCCUCCAAGCGUGCUGGGGUGCUCAGCCUUCAGUCUCACCUCUCUGUUCCCAUCUUUGGUGGCAGAGCCAAAACACCAGGUCCCAGCAAGUCUGUAGUAUCUAAGGAGGACAAAAAAACUCAGAAAACCCAGGAGAAGGUGUAUGUGACCAGGCUGCAGCCCGGCAAACGCAAAGCCCCAGCCCAGGAGCCCGCCUUCCCCAGCAUCUUCCUUUACCCAAAGCUUCUGAAGAAAGUGCAGCUUCGCUCCAGGACCCCUCAGAAGCAUUCCAUCACCUCCAACAAGCUUCGAACUGCCCCUGGCCACCGGGCCCCUUGGCUCUUGAGCAACAUCUCCAAAGAGAGAGAGUCAGCCAGGAGGAAGACCAGCCGGGCGGGUGACAGGAGGUGGCAGCUGGUGAGCAAGCAGGAAGAACUUGGAGCUGAAGGGAUCUUCAGCAAGGAGACCCACGAGGAUGUGACCACUGCCCCGGGCAGGGUGGCGGUCACCACCGAUUACAACUCCUCUGAGGUGACUCGCUCGCAGGGGACACGGGUGACGUCCUUUCUGAAGACAUCAGAGAUAACAGCAUCCCAGCAGGAGGGAAAGGGCCAGGAGGAAGAGGAGGAAGAGGAGGUGUCAGACUACAGUUAUGAGACAGGGGAGCUGCCGCAGAGCUGGCUGGAGGACUCCAUCAACUGGCAGAGGACGUUCAGCGUCAGCUCGGUGGACUUCGAGCUCCUGCGCUCCGACUGGAAUGACUUGCGCUGCAACGUCUCGGGCAACCUGCAGCUGAGUGAGAGUGAGGUGGUCGAUGUGGUGGCCCAGUACAUGGAGAAGCUCAACGAGAAGAAUGGGGGUAUCUACACCCUCUUGAGGAUCAUCAAUGUGGAGAAGCGCCGGGACACAGCCCGGGGCAACCGCUACCUGCUGGAGCUGGAGUUAGCAGAACGGGGCCAGCGGACAGUUCGGCUCUCUGAGUAUGUCUAUGUCCUCUUGCACCAAGGCAAGCAGGAUGACAGUGCUGAAGCCAACCCUGAGGGGCCAGCCCUGGGGGCCACCGAGGCCCAGCCGAGCACCUGGAGCAUCCUCUAUGGAAAGCCCAUUCUGUGUCGGCCUCUGCAGCUGAGCUGGAAGCAGGACAUCAUGGUGCACUUCGUCGUACCUGUGAAGAACCAAGCGCGCUGGGUCCAGCAGUUCAUCUCAGACAUGGUCAGCCUGUAUGACAUUACGAAGGAUGCCAACUUCAACGUCAUCCUGGUGGACUUUGACAGCGACGACAUGGACGUUGAGAAAGCCCUGCAGGAUGCCCGGCUGCCUCGCUACCAGUACCUACGGCGUACAGGGAACUUUGAACGCUCAGCAGGGCUGCAAGCUGGUGUGGACAUGGUUGAGGAUGGGCACAGCAUCGUGUUCCUGUGUGACCUGCACAUCCACUUUCCCCCCAACAUCCUGGACAGCAUCCGGAAGCACUGCGUGGAAGGGAAGCUGGCCUACGCGCCCAUCGUCAUGAGGCUGAGCUGUGGCAGCUCCCCACGGGAGCCCAAUGGUUACUGGGAGGUGAAUGGCUUUGGUCUCUUUGGCAUCUACAAGUCGGACUUUGACCGUGUUGGAGGGAUGAACACGGAGGAGUUCAGGGACCGUUGGGGCGGAGAGGACUGGGAGCUCCUGGACAGGGUCCUUCAGAGCGGGCUGGAGGUGGAGCGCUUGCGUCUCAGGAACUUUUAUCACUAUUACCACUCCAAGCGCGGUAUGUGGAACGCUCACAGCAAGAAGUCGCCCAAGGACUAACACCCUGAGCCCAGCCCACAGCUAACAGACCACAGCCAGAGGUUGGCCACCGCUGGUGCCCACGUGUCCCCAACCCUCUGGUGCCAGCACAGAGGGCAUUGUUGCCACCGGGGUCUCCAAAUGAACCACGGUUACUUCGGGGUGGAUAUGGGGAGGGAGGGUGGGUGGAAGCGGGAAGGUGGAUUUUUUCUUAAGGGUCUAAUUUCUUAGUCAGAAAUGAAUUUAUUAACUCAUUAGCGCCAGGCAGUGGGCGUCCUGCUGUUGAGAGAGCAAAGCCUCAAGGCUGGGGGCCAUGUCUUGCUGGUGAUGCUGAAGGGAUUAAAGUGGUACCUGAGCUUGCAGCCAGCACUAGCUCUGCAUCCCCUGCACAGUGCCCAAUGCCAGGCUGGAGGGCAGAACCCUUGUUGGGGGGCUGCUGGAGCAGAUACCCUUGGGGUGGUGGGGUGUCUGCUCAGGGCUGCCUAUCUUCUCUGUGGCACCCCUAGAGCCAGUGGUCACCUUGGAUGGGAGAAAGCUCUGCCUUGACUGCUUUGGCUGAAGUGGACAAAGGGCAGAGCCCCUUCCUGGCCCCCAUCAGCAGGGUGGGCUGGUGGGAGGGGGGGGGGGAAGGGCAGAGCCCAAAGCAGGUACAGGACUGGGGAGAGCAAAUGAUGUUUCCAAGCUAAUUUCUGUGAAAUUAUGAGGUAGGAAGCUGUUUUCAGAAAGUUCUGUCUGUUUGUUUUUUUUUUCCUU